AUACAGAGAGGCCUGCUGUAAACACCUCUGGGGAACCCGUGGCAUCUGGGAGCCCAGGAUGAGGCUGUUCCCAUGGCUGAUUUUUCUGGCCCACUGGGGAGUCACCACGGCUGAAACAGGGAAGUUCUGGCACAUCUCUGACUUACACCUGGACCCCAACUACACAGUGACCAAAGAUCCGCUCCAGGUGUGCCCAUCAGCCGGCUCCCAGCCUGUGCCCAGUGCGGGGCCCUGGGGUGAUUAUCUCUGUGACUCUCCCUGGACCCUCAUCAACUCCUCCAUCUAUGCCAUGAAGGAGAUUGAGCCGAAGCCAGACUUCAUUCUCUGGACGGGGGAUGACACACCUCAUGUGCCCAACGAGAGCCUGGGAGAGGAGGCGGUGCUGAGGAUUGUGCAGCUCCUGACUGCCCUCAUCAGGGAGGUGUUUCCGGACACUAAAGUCUAUGCUGCUUUGGGAAACCACGACUUUCACCCUAAAAACCAGUUCCCAGCAGGGAGCAACAAUAUCUACAAUCAAGUAGCAGAACUAUGGCGACCGUGGCUUAGUAAUGAAUCCAUUGCUCUCUUCAAAGAAGGUGCCUUCUAUUCUGAGAAGCUGUCGGGUCUCAGCAGGGCAGGGAGAGUUGUGGUUCUCAAUACCAAUCUAUACUACAGCAACAACCAACAGACAGCCGGCAUGGCUGACCCGGCCCUGCAGUUCCAGUGGCUGGAAGAGGUGUUGAGCAAUGCAUCCCAAGCUGGGGAGAUGGUGUACAUUAUUGGCCACGUGCCUCCAGGCUUCUUUGAGAAGACACGGAACAAGGCCUGGUUCCGGGAGGACUUCAAUGUGGCCUACCUGCAGCUAGUCCGCAGGUUCCACCGCGUCAUAGCUGGACAGUUCUUUGGGCACCACCACACCGACAGCUUUCGGAUGUUCUAUGAUGAUGCAGGUGCUCCCGUGAGCGUCAUGUUCCUCACACCUGGGGUCACUCCGUGGAAAACCACGUUACCUGGAGUUGUCAAUGGGGCCAACAAUCCAGGCAUCCGGGUGAUCGAGUACGACCGAGACACACUAAAUGUGCAGGAUAUGGUGACCUACUUCAUGAACUUGAGCCUGGCCAACACACAGCCGACCCCGAGCUGGGAGCUUGAGUACCGGCUGACAGAGGCCUACCAGGUGCCCGAUGCCAGUGCUCGCUCCAUGCAAGAGGCGCUGAGCCGAAUCGGCAGUGACCAGGACAUGCUACAGCGCUACUACGUCUACAACUCUGUCAGCUAUGACACCGCGCCCUGCGAGGGGGGCUGCCGCACGGAGCACGUGUGUGCCAUGCAGCAGGUGGCCUUCCCCGCCUACACCUCCUGCCUGCGUGCCUCAGGGGCCGCCCUUGCGCCAGGGCUGGCAGUGCUGGUGAGCCUGGCGGUGGCCUGGGGCGCCUUCGCCCGGCACUCAUCUUCCUCUUGGUAAGAUGAGGCCGGGUCAACCCACUGAGAGCUGGUCUUAACUCCCCGAAGCUGGGCUGCGACCGCUGGAGCAGGCGAUGAUGUCCCAACCUCUUUUUACCCACAAUGCCUAGGGUACUUCUUGCAUUACUCCUUUUAAUACGUACAUGAUGGCAAAAGAACUCAUUUCCCAUUACAAAACGUCCUUCCUCCCCACAUGGGUGUGCGCCUGCUGCUCACUGCCCGCGUAGUGAAAGGAACUUGCGAUGCGUCUGUAAACCCGGUGCUCUGGGUGUUAUGUCCCCUCGGAGCCACCGUUGGUCCGGAGGUGUCUGAUCUUCAGCCCAUUCUCUCCAGGGGCCUCGGGGGCUUGGGAGUAAAGUUAGGCCCGUGGAAGCCUGCGGGCC